CCAGUAAUUAUUGCAUUAUUUGACAGUAUUGUGUUAAUACAUAAUAGUCAUUGUGUUAUUUCACAAAAAUAUUGCAUUACUAUACAAAAGAUAUCGCCUGGUGUGGAUGAUAUCAUUGUGCGUGCUUGUGCUCUGGGCAUCUUGUGACAGCCAGUGAAGGACAGAUUAAAUGUGCAUAAUGUGCAUUCAGUUGACAAGAACAGAACAACAGUUACAAGUAUACAUUUAAUCUUGACUGUGCUGAAAGAUAAAAUUUAAUCAGUCCAGUUUAGGGCCACAGAGAACCAGUGAUUAUCACAAAAACAUUGGGUGUAAGGCAGGAAUAAACUGUGGUACAGUAUAUGGCACCCCUGUCCUUUACAGGACACUAUUGCAGAGAGAGAGAGCACACAAAAUUCUCACUGAAAGAAAAACGGCAGGAAUUGCUUCAAAGGAAGAAUCAACAGGAAAAAUUAGAAAGAGAGAGACAACGUACUAAAAUGUUGGAGGAAAUAUCUGCAAAAGAGAUUGAGAAGAGGCAAUGUGAUGAAAGGGCAAAAGAAAAAUAUAAUUUGUGGCUUGAAAAAAAGAAGGAAGAAGAAAUUGUAAAAAAGCAAAUUGAAAAGGAAGAAGCAGAAUUAAAAGAAAGGAGAGAGAUGGCAGAUAAAAAAUUCAAGGAAUGGUUGAGAAGUGCCAAGGACAAACCACGCCCUGCAUCUAGCCCUUGUGGAUACUCCAAUGGAAAACCCACAGGCUUCUAUGAUCAGAAUUACUAUCCAGCUCCCAGUUUCUGCAAUCCCAUUCCUUGGAAACCUAUCCAUGCCCCACCGCCAGAAGAAUCCUCUAGAAAACAGGCAGUAAAGAAGACUCAAAAGCAGAGGAGUUUUGUGCUACAAAGACAUACGGCAGCUGUAAGCUGUAAGCCAAAAGACAACCUUGGUAUCGGUUUAGUUCGCCAAGUGCGGAGGUAACCUAAUGUUGAUUUUGUGUGCUGUUCAUUCCAGAGCUACUACAGGUAAAUGAAGAACCAUGUGACUGACAGACAUUUAUUUAAUAUUAUUUAAACAUUAAAAAUACCAUAUGUACAAUCAUGCAUUCAAUAUGCUACUGUAUAUUGUUUCUAGAUUAACUGUUAAGAUUUUAUUUUAAUAAAUGGGAUAAUAAAAUAUAUGUCCAAUUUCAAAUCACUCUACUUUUUUAUUUCAGUAAGGAGUGUCCUUUGAGGGGUUUUGUUUUGUCUGUUUUAGCACCUUUUCUGUAAUCUAAUGAAUGUUAAAGAGAGUUGUUUUUCUUAAUUUGUA